AUGGACGAAGAGGACAGCCAGGAUGAGCUGAUCAACCGGAAUGCCACCCACGGAAAAGGGAAAAGGCCAGCAUUGUGGGCAAUCUCAGGUAUGGGCUCAUAUCCCCACAUUUUAUGACCCCCUCAAAUCUUCCAAUACUACUAUUGGAAAGAUUAGGAGAACUAACUUUGUAAGGCUGUACAUUUCUUUGUCAACAUCCAGAUGAAGACUCAGAUGAAGUUGGGGAGGAAUCGGAGGAGGUAGCUUCUGACAGUGGUGAGGAUGAGGAGGAGGAGGAAGAACACCUUGAUGGAGAGGGAGAAGAGGAGAAUGACAGUGAUGGUGAGGUUAUGGAGAUGUAGGCCACUGUACUCAUAGGAAAUAAUCGGUAAUGGUCCAUGAUACAUUUUUAGUACCCAAGGUAUAGACCCACCACUUGAGUUUCAUAACCUCUGAUCAAACAACAUACUUGUUCCUCAGAUGAAGAAGAGGAGGAUGCUGUGAAGGCGGUGGGGGGAGCGUCGGCUGACUUGGCAGGUCUGAGCUCAGACGAGGACACUGAGAAAUGCCCCAUCUGCCUCAACUCUUUCCACAGUCAGCCUGUGGCCACGCCAGAGAGCUGCAAGCACUACUUCUGCCUCGACUGCAUCCUUGAGUGGUCCAAGGUGGGUGGGUGACAUCAGAGGGGGCAAGAAGAGAGGUCAAGGCAUCAAAGCCUUUUACUCACUUCGGUGUUCGUACAGACUCAAAAUGAUGAUAUUGUUGGAGGAACUAGAAGACACUAACCUGUCAAAUUGAUGAGCGUCACUGAAACUAUGGACAGUAGACACCACACCUCAGCUUUCACUUUCAAUCCUAUAAACUGAGGUUUUGUUAAGACAGACAGUCAUGAAAUGUUAGUGUGUCCGAAUGUUGUACUUCCAAGCAUGUUUUUGUUCUUUCCUCAGAAUGCAAACUCCUGUCCUGUGGACAGAAUAGUCUUCAAUAACAUCUACCUGAGAAAAUGUUAUGGCGGGAAAGUGCAGAAAAUGGUGAGUUAAAAAAGUUAAGACUUUCUCUAGUUGAAUAUGUCUUAUAUUUGCCUUUUUUGGUCAUGAUUUAAUGUUGUGAAUGUGUUGGGUGGGGGGGGGGGGGGGGGGGGUGUCUUUGAGAGGUAGAGAAGUAGCUACUACAGAUGGCAUGUGUAUUCCUCAUGAAGGGUGUUUGAUUUAUUUUGUGGCAAAGAACAUUAGGGUCCAAACAUUGUGUAUCCAAAUAUGGAUAAUGCAUGGGAGCUGCAGACAGUCACUUUCCUUUCAUUGCUCUAUGUGCGUGUUGUGAUGGUUGAGUGCAGAUCACAGUGCAGAAGCCAGUGAAGGAGGGCCAGGAGGAGGUGAUAGACCUGGAGCUGGAACAGACCAGCUGUGAGGUGUGUGGGGGGAGCGACCGUGAAGACCGCCUGCUGCUCUGUGACGGCUGUGAUGCAGGGUGAGACACAAGCUAAACACACCACCUGAUCUUUCUUGGAUUUGUCCUGAUUAACCAUGCAUUCCUGAUUGUAUGACAUCUGGAAAAUCAGAAUAUAUUUAUCUCCAUCUGGUCAUUAAAAUGAACCCUUUUGCCUUUCCCCCUGGUUUUCUAUUAUGUUCUGAUCAUAUCCAUGUUAAUCCCUAAUUCCUAACCCUUCAUUUCUGUGCACCAUGGAAGGUACCACAUGGAGUGCCUGACCCCCCCGCUAGAUGCUGUCCCUGUGGAGGAAUGGUUCUGCCCAGAGUGUCAAGCCAUCAACCGCCAUUCAAGUAAUCAUACUCAGUACUAUUGAGUCAUUACGUCUUCCUCUGAGAAAAAAGUUUACAAUGCUAUUUGCAGAAAGCAGUAGUACAGGUAUUGUACAGUACAGGUACAGUACCAGUCAAAAGUUUGGACACACGUACUCAUUCCAGGGUUUUUCUUUAUUUUUACUAUUUUCUACAUUGUAGAAUAAUAGUGAAGACAUCAAAACUAUAAAAUAACACAUAUGGAGUCAUGUAGUAACCCAAAAAGUGUUAAACAAAUCAAAAUAUAUUUGUUAUUCUUCAAAUAGCCACCCUUUGCCUUGAUGACAGCUUUGCACACUCUUGGCAUUCUCUCAACCAGCUUCACCUGGAAUGCUUUUCCAACAGUCUUGAAGGAGUUCCCACAUAUGCUGAGCACUUGUUGGCUGCUUUUCCUUCACUCUGCGGUCCGACUCAUCCUAAACCAUCUCAAUUGGGUUGAGAUCGGGGGAUUGUGGAGGCCAGGUCAUCUGAUGCAGCACUCCAUCACUCUCCUUCUUGGUAAAAUAGCCUGGAGGUGUGUUGGGUCAUUGUUCUGUUGAAAAACAAGUGAUAGUCCCACUAAGCGCAAACCAGAUGGGAUGGCGUAUCGCUGCAGAAUGCUGUGGUAGCCAUGCUGGUUAAGUGUGCCUUGAAUUCUAAAUAAAUCACAGACAGUGUCACUAGCAAAACACCUCCUCCUCCGUGCUUUACGGUGGGAAAUACACAUGCGGAGAUCAUCCGUUCACCCACACCGCGUCUCACAAAGACACGGUGGUUGAAACAAAAAAUCUCCAAUUUGGACUCCAGACCAAAGGACACAUUUCCACUAGUCUAUUGUCCAUUGCUCGGGUUUCUUGGCCCAAGCAAGUCUCUUCUUCUUAUUGGUGUACUUUAGUAGUGAUUUCUUUGCAGCAAUUUGACCAUGAAGGCCUGAUUCACACAGUCUCCUCCUCCUUACUUGAACUCUGUGAAGGAUUUAUUUGGGCUGCAGUUUCUGAGGCUGGUAACUAAUGAACUUAUCCUCUGCAGCAGCGGUAACUCUGGGUCUUCCAUUCCUGUGGCGGUCCUCAUUACAUUUACGUCAUUUAGCAGACGCUCUUAUCCAGAGCGACUUACAAAUUGGUGCAUUCACCUUAUAGCCAGUGGGAUAACCACUUUACAAUAUGUUUUUUUUUUCUUUCUUUGGGGUGGGGUAAGGGGGGGGUAGAAGGAUUACUUUAUCCUAUCCCAGGUAUUCCUUAAAGAGGUGGGGUUUCAAGUGUCUCCGGAAGGUGGUGAGUGACUCCGCUCUCCUGGCGUCGUGAGGGAGCUUGUUCCACCAUUGGGGUGCCAGAGCAGCGAACAGUUUUGACUGGGCUGAGCGGGAACUGUGCUUCCGCAGAGGUAGGGGGGCCAGCAGGCCAGAGGUGGAUGAACGCAAUGCCCUCGUUUGGGUGUAGGGACUGAUCAGAGCCUGAAGGUACAGAGGUGUUGUUCCCCUCACAGCUCCGUAGGCAAGCACCAUGGUAUUGUAGCAGAUGAGAGAAAAGAAAGAAGGGAUACUGGUCUGUAGUUGUUGACAUCGGAGGGAUCGAGUGUAGGUUUUUUGAGAAGGGGUGCAACUCUCGCUCUCUUGAAGAAGGAAGGGACAUAGCCAGCGGUCAAGGAUGAGUUGAUGAGCGAGGUGAGGUAAGGGAGAAGGUCACCGGAGAUGGUCUGGAGAAGAGAGGAGGGGAUAGGGUCAAGCGGGCAGGUUGUUGGGCGGCCGGCCGUCUCAAGGAUUUCAUCUGGAGAGAGUGGGGAGAAAGAAGUCAAAGCAUAGGGUAGGGCAGUGUGAGCAGGACCAGCAGUGUCAUUUGACUUAACAAAUGAGGAUUGGAUGUCGUCAACCUUCUUUUCAAAAUGGUUGACGAAGUCAUCCACAGAGAGGGAGGGGGGAGGGGGAGGAGGAUUCAGCAGGGAGGAGAAGGUGGCAAAGAGCUUCCUAGGGUUAGAGGCAGAUGCUUGGAAUUUAGAGUGGUAGAAUGUGGCUUUAGCAGCAGAAACAGAGGAAGAAAAUGUAGAGUGGAGGGAGUGAAAAGAUGCCAGGUCCGCAGGGAGUCUAGUUUUCCUCCAUUUCCGCUCGGCUGCCCGGAGCCCAGUUCUGUGAGCUCGCAAUGAGUCGUCAAGCCACGGAGAAGGACGGGAGGACCGAGCCGGCCGGGAGGAUAGGGGACAUAGAGAGUCAAAGGAUGCAGAAAGGGAGGAGAGGAGGGUUGAGGAGUUAGAAUCAGGAGAUUGGAGGGAGAAGGAUUGAGCAGAGGGAAGAGAUGAUAGGAUGGAAGAGGAGAGAGUAGCGGGAGAGAGAGACAGUUUCAUCAUAGCGCUUGAUGGUUUUUGCGACUGCACUUGAAGACACUUUCAAAGUUCUUGAGAUUUUCUGUAUUGACUGACCUUCAUGUCUUAAAGUAAUGAUGGACUGUUGUUUCUCUUUGCUUAUUUGAGCUGUUCUUGCCAUAAUAUGGACUUGGUCUUUUACCAAAUAGGGCUAUCUUCUGUAUACCCCCCCUACCUUGUCACAACACAACUGAUUGGCUCAAACGCAUUAAGAAGGAAAGAAAUUCCACAAAUUAACUUUUAGGAAGGCACACCUGUUAAUUGAAAUGCAUUCCAGUUGACGACCUCAUGAAGCUGGUUGAGAGAAUGCCAAGAGUGUGCAAAGCUGUCAUCAAGGCAAAGGGUGGCUAUUUGAAGAAUCUCAAAUAUAUAUAUUUUUUGAUUUGUUUAACACUUUUUUGCUUACUACAUGAUUCCAUAUGGGUUAUUUCAGAAUUUUGAUAUCUUCACUAUUAUUCUACAAUGUAAAAAUAAAGAAAAAACGUUGAAUGAGUAGGUGUGUCCAAACUUUUGACUGGUAGUGUAAGUCCUUUUACCAAGAUCCCAGAGCUCAUCAAUGUUCCUGCUCCUCAGGGGGUUCAGCGGAGCAGAGCGACGCGGAGAGUCUGAGCAGCUCCCGUCCUACCACCAGCCACUCCCGCACCACCACGACGGGCCCCACCCGGGCCAUCGCCCGCACCCAGCAAAGCGAGAGGGUCCGCGCCAGUGUCAACCGCCACCGCAUCACCCAGGCACGCACUGCACAGGUUUGGCAUGAGGCGUGUUGCUUCCUACUGGCUUCUUUGUUCUCCCUCACUGCACUCCGCUCCUCACCACUAGUGUCAGCAUCCCUUACUCUGUAGCACCGAAGAUUGUUUAGUGAGCAGCAUGAUAAUGUACUUACAGUAUGAAAAAUUAUGUUACCCAUGUUUCCCUCCUGGGUUUUGAAUUUGUAUUUAUUAUGGAUCCCCUCUUCCUGGGGUCCAGCAAAAUUAAGGCAGUUCGUACAAUUUAAAAAACAUUACAAUACAGUCACAGAUUUCACAACACACUGUGUGCCCUCAGGCCCCUACUCCACCACUACCACAUAUCUACAGUACAAAAAUCCAUGUGUACGUGUGUGUAUAGUGCGUAUGUUAUCGUGUGUGUAUGCAUGUGUCUGCGCCUAUGUUUGUGUUGCUUCACAGUCCCUGCUGUUCCAUAAGGUGUUUUUUUAAUCUGUUUUUUUAAAUCUAAUUUUACUGGUUGCAUCAGUUACUUGAUGUGGAAUAUAGUUCUAUGUAGUCAUGGCUCUAUGUAGUACUGUGCGCCUCCCAUAGUCUGUUCUGGACUUGGGAACUGUGAAGAGACCUCUGGUGGCAUGUCUUGUGGGGUAUGCAUGGGUGAUCGAGCUGUGUGCCAGUAGCUCAAACAAGACAGCUCGGUGCACCCAACAUGUCAACACCUCUCAUAAACACAAGUAAUGAUGAAGUAAAUCUCUCCUCCACUUUGAACCAGGAGAGAUCAACAUGCAUAUUAUUAAUAUUAGCUCUCUGUGUACAUCCAAGGGCCAGCUGUGCUGCCCUGUUCUGAGCCAAUUGCAAUUUUCCUAAGUCCUUUUUUGUGGCACCUGACCACACGACUGAACAGUAGUCCAGGUGUGACAAAACUAGGGCCUGUAGGACCUGCCUUGUUGAUAGUGCUGUUAAGAAGGUAGAGCAGCGCUUUAUUAUGGACAUACUUCUCCCCAUCUUAGCUACUGUUGUAUCAAUAUGUUUUGACCAUGACAGUUUACAAUUCAGGGUUACUCCAAGCAGUUUAGUCACCUCAACUUGCUCAAUUUCCACAUGAUUUAUUACAAUAUUUAGUUGAGGUUUAGGGUUAAGUGAAUGAUUUGUCCCAUAUACAAUGCUUUUAGUUUUAGAAAUAUUUAGGACUAACUUAUUCCUUGCCACCCACUCUGAAACUAACUGCAACUCUUUGUUAAGGUUGCAGUCAUUUCAGUUGCUGUAGUAGCUGACAUGUAUAGUGUUGAGUCAUCCGUAUACAUAGACACUCUGGCUUUACUCAAAGCCAGUGGCAUGUCAUUAGUAAAGAUUGAACAAAGUAAUGGGCCUAGACAGCUGCCCUGGGGAAUUCCUGAUUCUACCUGGAUUAUGUUGGAGAGGCUUCCAUUAAAGAACACCCUCUGUGUUCUGUUAGACAGGUAACUCUGUAUCCACAAUAUAGCAGGUGGAGUAAAGCCAUAACACAUACGUUUUUCCAGCAGCAGACUAUGAUCGUUAAUGUCAAAAGCCGCACUGAAGUCUAACAAAACACCCCCUACAAUAUUUGUAUCAUCAAUUUCUCUCAGCCAAUCAGUCAUUUGUGUAAGUGCUGUGCUUGUUGAAUGUCCUUCUCUAUAAGCAUGCUGAAAGUUUGUUGUCAAUUUAUUUACUGUAAAAUAGCAUUGUAUCUGGUCAAACACAAUUAUUUCCAAUAGUUUACUAAGGGUUGGUAACAGGCUAAUUGGUCGGCUAUUUGAGCUAGUGAAGGGGGCUUUACUAUUUUUAGGUAGCGGAAUGACUUUUGCUUCCCUCCAAGCCUGGGGGCACACACAUUCUAGUAGGCUUAAAUUGACAAUAUGGCAAGUAGGAGUGGCAAUAUCAUCCGCUAUUAUCCUCAGUAAUUUUCCAUCCAAGUUGUCAGACCCCGGUGGCUUGUCAUUGUUGAUAGACAACAAUAAUUUUUUCACCUCUUUCACACUCACUUUACGGAUUUCAAAAUUACAAUGCUUGUCUUUCAUAAUUUGGUCAGAUAUACUUGGAUGUGUAGUGUCAGCAAUUGUUGCUGGCAUGACAUUCUUAAGUUUGCUUAUCUUGCCAAUGAAAAAAUCAUUAAAGUAGUUGGCAAUAUCAGUUGGUUUUGUGAUGAAUGAGCCAUCUGAUUCAAUGAAUGUUGAUACGUGUAUGAUGGGUAUUUCUAUGUAGUAUUGUAUUACAUAACAUUUGAUGAAUGAUGACUAUGUUAUUUUGUCUCGUUUAAAUGCGCUACUUGCACCAAGUAACAUUUGACAUGCAGGAAUAGAAUAGAGAGUCAGAGAGAGGUGGCUCUUUAGAGUGAUGCUGCCUCUCAUCAGACGGCUGUGAAGGUCAUGUCAACUAAAGCAUGUCUAUAGACAAAAUAGACAACAGAGAAUCAGUAGAGUGAUGCAGUGUACCUCUGGUCUCAGAUUGCCCCCAGUUUUCUGAUGCCACAGUCCACCUGGCUGGAUGACACUAUCAACGCAGUAGUGGCAGGACUCAACACAGCUGUGUACAUACGGGACCUCACACCUCGCGCUCCAUCCAGCCGACGACGCAGGACAGGUGAACACACACACACACACACACACACACACACACACACACACACACACACACAACCUAUCUGGGUUGUUAAAAGAGAUGCAUUUGCUCUGUGCCCACAGUGAAGCGCAGGAAAGGCAAGAGUAAGAGGUCAUCGCCUGCCACGGGUGGUAAGGGCAAAGCUGCAGGCACUGGGGUGAAGAGGAGGAAACGGAGAGUGAGGAGGACCAAGUCUAGAAGGAAACUGGUGAGACUUUACAUUUAGCAAGUAUAGCAGGAAAUGUAUAGUACCUACAACAGAAUGAUAGGAGUGCUCAUGUGCAAUCUGUCUGUAUGUAUGUUUGCGUGUGUGUUUCUAGGUGGUGAAGAAGGAGCCUACGUCUCGUGGUCGUAUAGCCCAUAGCCUUGGGAUAGGGAAGCCCAAACAGGGCUCGUCCCUUCCCUCUGUGUACCGGCCUACAGAAACCACUCUGGGCAGUAUGAGAGCUGACAUAGGAGCUGCUUCGCUCUCUGUCUAUGGAGACCCCUAUGACCUGGACCCCUUCACUGACAGGUCUGUCUCAGGCAGAACUCACAACCAUAAGAUAACGUAGUACUUUAUUAAUCCAGAGAGUGAAAAUCUCCAGCUAAUGCUGGCACAACACUGAACAUAUAGACAACAUAAUACUUUUAAACAAAACCAUGAAUUAAAAAAAUUUAAAAAACUCAGAAAAUAACAGGCAAUUGUGGAAUGGACCCCAACCCUGUUCUGAAUGUUGAUUGGUUGUUGAUCCCACCCCAGGAAUGAAGAGGAGGAAGAGCAUGCCUUGGCCACAACAUCACUGCUGGAGGCCAAGAGGCGUGGCUUAUCUCGCUCCGCCCUCCGCUCGCACCAGCCUGUGGCUCGACCAAUCACUGCUGGCCUCUCCAGGUACCCCUUCUCAUCUCCUCCCACGUUAUAUUGUUAUGUAGCUCACAUCCUUCAAUAUGGUACAUGUCUGACCUGUGGUUGCCAUGGUGUUGUAGGCGGGGCCCAAGCCUGCUCCAGGUGGAGGAGGUGGCCCCAGUGCCUGACCUACUGGGCAGCAUCCUAUCAGGACAGAGCAUGCUGCUGAUGGACAGCUCAGACGUGGUCAUCAACAGAGACGGAUCUCUCAAGGCUACCAAACCAGGUGGGCUGCUAGGGUUUUUUCCUUUCUUUAGUUCAAUCUCUUGUCCUUUCUCUUUCUUUCUGUUAAUAUUUUUCUUGUUCUGUAUCUAAUACCUGGCUAUUCAAGAACUAGUGAACGUUUUAUUUAGGGCUGACCCCAUUUAGUCGACUGGUUGAUUGUUUGGUCGAUAGGCUGUUGGUCGACCAAGAUUUCUUUAGUCAAGUGGUCGCAAUUUUAUUUUAUUUUUCAUGGCGCACAAGACACCACUGAUUUGCGCCUGUCUCAGUGGACUAAUCCAUUACGGAGGCCACGGGGACGGCACAGUCCAUCACUCUAAGACGUGAUACUGAAAUUGUAUAUGGUUAUAUUAUGUAAAAAUAAUGGUGCAACACUAAUAAAUCUAAUAUUAUUUUAUAACAAAUGUGCUUUCUCCCGCAUUGGGUAUGGUCGCUGUCCACGGUUCUGAAACAUAAUCUUCAGUGAGCUGUAGAAUUGCCGCCUUUCCCUAUGUUGCUUUGUGUAUAUUACCUAAAUUAACCAGCAUAUUGGGAUUGAGAGCAACAAAACACCACAUCUGUCAUUUUAGUCCCAUCCGAAUCUGCCAUGUCAGUAAUUUGUACAUGGCAGGAGAGUAACAAUUCCAGCCAGAAUAACCUACGUUUUUUUGGCGAACUCCAAUGUCUGAGUUUGACAGGUGUUGCUCACGGUUUGAGCAAGAAAACAAUAACUGAUUCGAUAAAUUGAACGAAGUGCUGCGCAUAGCCUAUAUAUGAAUCAACUUUCACAGUGAAUGCUUUUGUUCAUAUGUUUUGUGCGUAUGAAUAGAAUAUUGCCAAAUGCAUCAGUAAAAAUGAUUGCGCCUAUUUAAUGUAACCCUUGCUGUUAAUAGAUCGCAAAGCAGCAUACAACUGACCUAAACGUUUGGGAAUGAUAAGUUCACUUUCGCAUCCAUAGCCUUAAAACGCAUCUCAGGUGCAAGUGCGCGGUUUAGCUCACAUCUGAAGGUUGUGGGGCAUUUAGUGCGUCUACUGCAGAUCGCUAAAAUAUCCUAUGAUCACACUUCCUCAAUGCAAAUAAUUUGGCAACACUAUACCAAAGAUGGUUUGGUAUGGUUUAGAAACGUGGGAACCAAGCUCGAGUUAUCAGUGUAGCCCUGUUAUCGCCUCGACUUGUUGAAAUAUCUUCAGGCCUAGAAAAAACCUCCACCCUCAAUAACUGUCAAUUUAUUGGAAAAAAGAAUUACAGGGGGCAAUUUAGAAAAAAUUAAUCCUGUCCGGCUCGUCCUCUGGAAUAACGGAGAUUCUGGGGUAAUAAUUACAUAGUAAAAAAGUUCUCUAUUAAUACGAGUCGCGUGCGAAUAGGGCUUAGCCUAAUUGUCUAAGAAAAUUGAGGAGAGCGCAAACCCCAACUUAAUUAGGUCUAUAAUCUUCUUAUUGUUAUUAUUACAAUCAUUUAUGAUCAUCAUUAUAAUAAGUAAUGUCGUUAUCAUUAGUAGGCUUUGUACAGUAACCUUGUAUAACACCAUUGAGCUUUAGGCCUAAGAGCGCGUCCUGUUUAGUCUUAAUACCGUAACUUACUUAGGCUUAUAUUUCAAUAUGUAGGCUACUGUAUCAAUCAAUCAUUCAUUCAUUCAUUCAUUCAUUCGUUCAUGCCAUCACACAGCAUACGAGACAUUCAAUCAUUUUAGUUUUAAAAUUAAAUAACAAAGGGAGCUUUGAAUAAAUAAACCGCAGUUCACGAAUGCAUGCAACUGUUUUUAGUAUGCUGUAAUAAAGGCUUUAUAUAUAUAUUUUUUACAUUAGAACAGACACUAGUACACUUAUUUAUUUAAUGUUAACACUGUUCCAAAUGGUCAGAAAAAAUUAUAAUAUUGUAAUCUAACAGCAACUGUUUGGCACACAAUGCUCACUCAACGCUUGCUCCUAUACCCUCCUUUUUCUUCAUCUCCAGAAGUUUCCACAACUAAGUCAAAUGUCUUCCACAGAUCUGACUUCCCCUUUCCCUCCUGAGCAACCAGUAAACUGCCUGUUUCAAGUUUCUUUUUCACGUCCUCCGCAUCCAUUUUGCUGUUGACAUUACUGUGUUCGGAGUUUGUUAUAACCAAUUUAUUGAUGUGAUUAUGAUAGGCUAUAGGUCAGGCCCUAUUGGUCACAUGCAUGUGACGCUUACAUGUUUCACGUAAAGAGAGCAAGGGUUGAGGGAAUAGGGAAUAUUUUCCUAAACAAAUUAGGAAUUUCGGUAAAAUAACUUUUCAGUCAGAAAUGUGUAAGAAACUAAAUGGCUGAAAUUAUGUUGCAGCUUCAGCACGGACAGCGUGCUGUGCUGUGCUGUGCUGUGGUGCCUUUUCACUGCAGUAGGGAGGAGAGCGAGACAACGUGCGCCAGUCACACAGGCACUCGCUGUCAUUCUUUUUAACAAAGUGUGAACAUCGGGCUCUUUCUUGAGUCAUUUGUGUGUCUUAAUUAUUUAAUCAAACAGUGUGCUUAAAGCAUCAGACAAGCUCAGUGCAUAUGUAGUUGGUUUUAUUCAAACACAUAGGGUGUGUCUGUCUAUAUCUGGAAAAAUACGUUUAAACAUUUAGACCAAUUGAUUGGUUGAAGUAACAGGACGACUCUCGUCGACCAAGAUUUUUUAUAGUCGGGGACAGCCCUAGUUUUAUUGUUUGUCAACCAUUGAUUUUGAAGUCUGUUGGAUUCUGUGUUGUACAGCAGAAAAGGGUUAGUAAAUGGUUGUCUUCUGUUUGUAUUGUAGUGGGUGUGUCGUCUUCGUCCAGGCUGGGCAGCAGUAGGAGCAGCAGCUCUGGUGAAUCAGUAACCCAGCACCACUCAGGGAUGUCCCCUAACCCAGCAGCAGCCAGCUCUCUCUCUCUCCCCACUAACGGAGACCUGGUGGUGGGACCCUCCUGUAGUCCCCUGAACAGGCCCUCUUUCUCCCUCAGCUCCCCAGGGCCCUGCCUGUCCCCUCUCACCCCCUCAUCCCCAUGCCCAGCCAGCCACAGCCAGACUCCCCCGCCUCCCAGACCCAGCCCUAGUCCUGGACACAGCCACUGGGGGGCCACUGGUGUACGACUCCCCCAUGGGACCCAGAGGGAAGCCACCUCUACCUCCCCUCCUACCCCAGACUUUCGGUCACGAGGGAGGGAGACCGUGCCACCACAGCCCCAGGCUAAGAAGGCCGCCCCUAAACCAGUAUGGGAAGCACCAGUAUCGGUGCUUCCCAGGAUACCAAAGAUAAAACGGGAGAGUGGUGUGCUAACGAAUGGCAGCGCCAGUAGAGGGGGGAGUAGUAGCAGUGCUAAUGGUAGUGGUAGUAAUGGCUUCCCUGAGGCCUGUGUGAACAGCCUGGGUGGUAACAGGGGUAGGCAGCCAAGUGUGGACAAGCAGCAGCAGGGCAGGACAGAGGGCCAGACCCAGAGACAGAGACCAGAGCGAGCAGGCUCUUCGUCAGCCUUCUCCAACUCCUUUUCCUCUUCCUCUGGUUCCACUGCCAACCCGGCAUUGGCAUCCACGGUGUGCUUCCGGAUCAACGCCAGUGGCAAUGCGUGGCACGCCCGGCAGCUUAGCAACGCCUCUGCAAUGGUUCCCGCCGGCAACAGUGAAGAACCACUGUCCACGGAAGAAGAGGAGGCGAAGAGGAGAAGAGAGGAGCGCAGCAGCAGGCCCCUGACCACCUCACACACACGGGUCAAAGAGGAGGAGGGGGAUAUAUACGACCCUUUCCACCCAACAGGCUCAGACUCCAAUGCCUCAGAAAGCGAAGCAGAGAGCCAUGCUGGGGGGAAACCAUACAUGGCGCACAAGGAAGGUGCCAGCCACCAGGUGAAAGCUGAGGCACUGGAGAGUAGUGUGUCACUGGAGAGGGAUGAGGGCUCAGGAGAAUGUCUGGAUGUGAAGAGCGAGCCAGGCACUGCGAAGCCUGGUCACGGCCCACACAACACACCCAGGUCUGGGAUGACUGGCACCAGCACACCCCUGUCCCAGAGCCAGGUCCCUGUGAAGAGGGAGAGGAAAGAGCCAGGGGGUGAGAAUGGGCAGACAGGCAACAGUAGAGAGCCCCAGAACCAGAAAACGGCUCCUUUCUCCUCCAGCUCAGCCUCCAGCCACCACAGCAACAGGAUGGUGAAGACUGAGAUCAAGUCAGAGCCCCAGGACAGCCCCCCCAGGUCCCCAUCCAGGUCUAAAUCACACUCCAGGCCCUCAGGCCAGGGGAGGAAAACAUCCAAAGGUGGGGGGUCUUCCACGGAGCGGCGGUCUGCCUCAAAUAGCCCGGAGGCAGGCAGGAAGGGAGGAGACAAGGCCCUGGAACAGCGAGGGAGGAAGAGAGGAGACGAGGGGGGUAGGAGAGGAGAAGAAGAGGGGGGAGAGAGGAGGUCCAGGCGUUCGGAAUCGAGGGAGAGGAGACGGCUUCGUUCCCCAUCAGACAGCUCCACCUCUGAUGCCUCUGAGAAGUCUCGCAAGAUGACGAGACGGUCACGCUCGCGCUCCAAAGACAGGAGGCGCUCCAGGUAAUAAUGUAAUUCUGUGAUAAUGUCAAUUCUGUGUGCAGUGAUUUUGUGGUCUUUUAAUAAUAAUAUAAAAUGUAUUCUAGUGUAUACUGUUAAUAUAAUAGCUAAUAUUAUUAUUUUGAUUUAGGUCGAGGUCAGGGUCGGGCUCUAGCAGCAGAGAGCAGUCCAAGAGUAGGAAGCAGAAGAGAUGGAGCAGGGAGAGGAACGACAGCAGAGGGAGUGAGAGAGAGAAGGGUCGGCCAUCAAAGGACAAGAAGCGAGGUCGCUCGCAGUCUCGCUCGCGGUCCAGGUCCAGGGAGAGGAGGAAAGACCACUCACGAUCACAACCAUCGUCCUCUGGGUCAAAAAACUGGGUUGAGGUGCGGUCAAAAGACAAGAAGAGGCCGAGGUCCAGGUCGCAGUCCAGAGAGAGGAGGAAAGAAGAGGGGUCGUCACAGGGCACACACAGACCACCAGGGUCUUCCUCAACCACCUCCUCCAAAGAGCUAAAAGAACAGACAGAGAAGAUAAAGGAAAAAGUGCUUUCCUGUGUCGCUCUAAAAGAGGAGAGAGUGGCUAAAGAAGAGAGAAAAGAGCGAGAGAUCAAAAAACAGAUGCCUUCCUCUUCUUUAGGACUCAAACCUCUCUCUGUCUCCGAGGUGAAAAAGGAGAGUGACGGCAAUGAAUUUAGAACAGAGAAGCACGCCUCUCUCUCAGCAAAACUGCUCAAGGAGUCUAAGCUGCUCAAAGAAAUAAAAAAAGAGAUACCGUCUGCCUUUGAUAUGUUCGAAGAAUCACUGGAUAGUAAACCAAUCAAGAAAGAAAAACCUCUGUCAAUGUUCAAUGAGUUCAAGGACUUGCAAGAGCACAAGGAGAUCAAAAAAGAAAAACCUUCCCCACUCAUAAACGAGGCGUGCGCCCUCUCCACCUCAGACGUAACAGAUCAAAAAGACCAGGCAUUAAAGGAAACCAUCAAGACUGAGCCCAUCUGGCCUGAGCUGCCUCAACACCUGACCUCCAUCAUCCCUGCUCCCCCCACAGGCCAACCCAGCCCCAGCUUCUCAACACUCCGCACCAACCCUGUCCCUGCGCCUCCUCAGGCUGCAGUGAUUACAGCCGGCCAGCAGGUGGCCCCAUCCCUGCCUCUUCCAGUACCAAAGGCCCUCACAGAGACCCCUCCAUCUGUCCAACCCAUCUCAGUGAACCCAGUGAAGGAAGAGGUAGAGGAGCAUUCAGACUAUGAACUUGAUGACAUGGACGUGGACAUGAUGCUGGACAGUCUGGACUCUGUGAAGAGUGAGAAAGCAGAGCCAGGAGGAGAGAAAGGGGAGGCUGAGGUCAAAGAGGAGAAGGAGGGAGAAGGGGAGGAUAAGGAGGGGAAGACUGGGGGAGAACCAGUGGCAGUCACGCCAGGCGCUAAGGCCAAACCCUCGGUGAAGAGGGUCACCUGGAACCUGCAGGAACCAGAUGGACCACAGCCAGAGAAGACUGGGAGUAGUGUGUAUUAUUGUACAUUUUCAAAUGUUCUACGUUUUUUAUUCUUAUUAUUGUCGAGAGGUGAACCUCCAUGUAAGCAUUUCAUUGUACUGUGUACACCAAGUGUUCCUGUGCAUAUGACAAAGAAACUUAAUUUACCACAAUCUGGAUUGACCCAAUCAGAGCCCUUACGUGUUGUAUUACAUAAAUAUACUUUUUCUAGUCAGCUGUUUGACUCAGAUUCAGAAACUACCUCUUAUUCACAUAACACAGAGAGGGUCAUAGCUUGUGUGUUUUUUUUUCUCUGUCUCAGAGCUGGCCCUCUACAAACUGAAGCUCAAACAGGAGGGAGCUCGCAGACCUGCCUCCUCCGCCCAGGCCUCCAAUCAGGUACGGCUCAGCCACCUCCUCACACAAACCCUCUCCUUACUUCUCAGAAACAUAGAUGCAUUAGGUUGGCCUUGCCUACUUACCUAGAUAACUAUUUUGUGCGUAGCUUCAGGCCUCUACCGCUGUAUGCUGCCUUUCUUUCCUGCUAAUAUGUACACUGAACAAAAAUAUAAACGCAACAUGUAAAGUGUUGGUUUCAUGAGCUGAAAUAAAAAAAACUAAAAUGUUCCAUACACACAAAAGCUUAUUUCUCUCAAAUGUUGUGCACAAAUUUGUUUACAUCCCUGUUAGUGAGCAUUUCUCCUUUGUCAAGAUAAUCCAUCCACCUGACAGGUGUGGCAUAUCAAGAAGCUGAUUAAACAGCAUGAUCAUUACACAGGUGCAGCUUUUGCCACAGAUGUCUCAAAUUCUGAUUGGCUGGGCCUUGCUCCCCAGUGUGUGGGCCUGGCUGCCAAGUGGUGGGCCUAUGCCCACCCAUGGCUGCACCCCUGGCUAGUCAUGUGAAAUCCAUAGAUUAGGGCCUAAUUUAUUUAUUUCAAUUGACUGAUUUCCUUAUAUGAACUGUAACUCAGUAAAAUCUUUGAAAUUGUUGCAUGUUGUGUUCAUUUUUUUGUUCAGUAUAUUUAUGAUCAAUGUUCCCUCUCAUUUUUUUCGGCCCUGAGCAAAUUUGAGGUCUGCUGAGGGCAAACUUGAACAUUGUGAAAAUUCUGUGCAACAUCUAGCGCGCGUUUACCGUGAACACUGAGGCUGUACCCGCUUUAAGUUAGUUUUAACAGUGGCCAAGUAGGCUACUAUGGCUAUUUGAUCAUAAUGUAGGCCUACCAGAGUGGCCUACCAUCAAAAACAAUGGACAAAAUGCAUCCCAUAACAUUUUAACAUGGAAAUAGUUGUUCUAUCAUUCAGCCUACAGUAGCAGCCAAUGUGUUCAAUGUAGGCCUACAUUUCAUGAUACUUUUGAGAAAAAAAACAUGCAGGGCUUGACCAUUAACCUGUUUAUCCACUUGUCCUUCAGACAAGGGGGUGACUGAAAAUGUUGUUGUGUUGUUUGAUGCAAGAAACCACUUUACAAAAUAAAAUGUAUUAUUAUUCCCAUACCAUUAUUACAGAGAAUCAGACAAAUUAUGCUACGCUCUGCCUAUUGGCUACUUAACUUAUUCAAGCCUGUUUCAAAAUACAACACUUCCCCUUUAACUUGCUUUUCAAAGAUGUCUAGAAAUGUACACUUUUGUGCUCUUGUAGGAAGAAAUCAGUCCCCUUUUGCUGACUACAAAUGAUCUAUAACUGGGCUAAUAACUCACUAACUAGCAAAGGAUAUGAACAAAAUGUGCACACGUGGCUACAUGCAGUUCUUGCUUUGAUCUCAAAACAAGCGCAUACCACAGCUGUAAACACAGUCCAGUUCAAAGGAAAUGGCACAGAUCCAUAUACGGCAAUGGUUUAUUUGCAUAUAGGUCUACAGCAGGUCUGAUUGGUUAUGCCGCACGGGUCUGUGUUGAGGAUGGGCUGAGUCGUGCGCAAUAGAAUCCUACUCCGAAGCGUUCUGCCAACAGCAAAAUCUCUUGCAUAUAUCAUUUGUUUCGGUAUGUUGCAUUGAAAGUGGCUAAUAUUGCGUUGAUUCGAUCACAAUUGCCACAGUAAAGGGAAACUCUAGAAAGUUGAGUGAGUUCAAUAUCGUGCUUCUCUCCUUGCGCUCUAGUCCCGGGGGAGCUGUGUGGCAGUCUCGGGGCUACUGUGCGCCUGAGCAGGUGUGCAGUUUAGAGGGAACAUUGGUUAUGAUCAAUCAGUAUGGAAUUCACUAUGAAAUGGCACCUAGUCACGGCAUCAUACUGCCGGCCGGUCGGUCAUGUUAAUGAUAUCAAGUAGACGUUCUGUGGAUCUUUACAGAUAUCUGUGAUUUAGUGCUCCAAAACAUUCAUCACAAAAUGUUCCUGUAAUUAACAUGCACCUCUCCUAAAAGGCCACAGGGUGGCAGACUGUCUUUUUUGACUCGGAGAGCAGUUGUUGUGGCUGUCAGCGUAAAGCCAGUGCAGAUCACAUGGGCUAAUAGAGAGAUCAUGUGACAGAAACUGGAACUGAUAAAGGAGCGUUUUACUGUGAAAUGAAAGUAGAAGCCUUGCUGGGAAAAUCGAAACUGUAGAAUGGAGGACUGUUACACGUCAGAGGCUUUUAUGUGCUGGUAAUACCAUAGCAAAAUAACACAUAUUCCUGCUAGGUCUCGAUGAGACAAUAGAUGGUUGAGAUUUAUGCCCAUGUUUAUUUCAUUAGUUGGGUAAUAUUGCUGUUGUGAUUUAAGAACAUGAAAUACAAAAGUUACAAUUAAAACGUUAAUAUUGUACUGUAAUUUACCAUCACCUCAAAUCUUUGCGUAAUUCUUUCCUUAACAUAAAUGCACAAUUUACGUGAACAUUUAAUUUGCGCACAUAAUUUCAAAUUGGGAUUCAAUCCAUAGUCAGUAAACCUUCCCACCCAUAGGAGGCUGCCUUGGGUGCUACGUCACUCACUGACCCAAAGGUCCAGAGCACCAAGAGGGGCAGUGUGUCUGUAUUGCUGCCCAGUGAGCCCUCCAGCUCCAACAGUCUACCACAAGUAGGGCAGAGGGAACCCAAUGAAGCCCUGGGAGAGGAUGAUGCUUCCAGAAAUGAUAAUGUGAGUCUGAGAGAAAGGAAAAUUAUGUUCUUCAAAUGUAUCAAUGCACACUUGGGUGAUAUCUGUGUGUAUACAGUGCAUUCGGAAAGUAUUCAGACCCCUUGACUUUUUCCACAUUUUUGUUACAUUACAGCCUUAUUCUAAAAUGGUUUAAAUUAUUUUUUUGCCCCAUCAAUGUCCAUUGUUUUUGCUUUGCAAUUAUGGGGUAUUGUGUGUAGAUUGAUGAAGAAGAAAUAGAAUUGAAUCAAUUUUAGAAUAAGGCUGUAAUAUAACAAAAUGUGGAAAAAGUCAAGGGGUCUGAAUACUUUCUGAAUGCACUGUAUACAUGUCCUUGUAUACUUCUUGCCAACAAAUGACCAGUCCCCUUCAUAGCGUAGUAGUGUAUAUUGACUAAUCCCCGGUGUCUAUCCUCAGUACAUAAAAAAGAUUCACAUGCAGGAGAGAGCCAUAAAGGAGGUGAAGCUGGCUAUCAAGCCCUUCUACCAGAAGAAAGACAUCACUAAGGAUGAGUACAAGGAAAUCGUACGCAAGGCUGUCCAGAAGGUACACCUGAUCAUUGGCUCAAAGUGUUGUCAUGUGGUUUGCAAUUCCGAAUUAAAAUGAGUUUUUAUGGGAACUGGAGAACAUGCACAUAAUAAUGAAACCAAAGAUGUUUAUCAUGAGUCAAUCUUUGGAUCAAGUGUCUUUCAUUGGUUGAUGUAGGGGCUUGUCCCAACCUGUGCAAUAUGAGAGUUUAGAUUUACGAGAGUCUUCCACUAAUUCUUGCAGUACAUGAUGAAAGACAGCCAUUGUGUUUCACUGUGGAUGUAAAUAAAAUAAUUUGACUGUUUGUAAAUUGCUGACCUAACUUGCAUGUGAUUUAUUUUCCAUUGUGAUUCCAGGUCUGCCACAGUAAGAGCGGGGAGAUCAACCCAGUGAAAGUGGCCAACCUGGUCAAAGCCUACGUGGACAAAUACAAACACGCCAGGAAACACAGGAAAGGAGAGGAUGGAGGGAAGACAGAGGAGGCAGAAACUGAUAGAACAAACGAUCCAGAGACCCCAUGA